AAUAACUUGCAAAAACUUGAAGAAGAGGGUAGAAAUUGGAAUGGAUAAUUCAGUCCAUAUGCCAUGGAGUUGUAUAAUGAUUUCAAUAUCAUUGCACAAUGUUGUCAAGUUCAAUCUAAUGGAGACUAAGGAUAUGAGGUAGUUGAGGGUGAAGAUAGGCAUGUGGUGAAUCUUAAUAGGAAGAAGUGUACAUGUACGACAUGGGACUUGACUGGUAUACCAUGUCCUCAUGCCAUUAAAGCAUAUCUUUAUGACAAACAAGAGCCACUAGAUCAAUUGAGUUGGUGGUAUUCCAGAGAAGCUUACAUGUUGAUAUACAUGCAUAAAAUACAACCUGUUAGAGGUGACAAGUUUUGGAAACUUGAUCCUUCUCAUGCUAUUGAGCCACCAGAAAUACAUAAAUUGGUAGGCAGGCCAAAACUUAAGAGAAAGAGAGAAAAAGAUGAGGCAAGGAAAAGGGAAGGGGUGUGGUCUGCUUCAAGAAAAGGACUAAAAAUGAUGUGCGAACAUUGUAGUGCAACAGGUCACAACCAAAGAAGAUGUCCUAUGCUUCAAAGAUCAAAACAACCAGCCCAAGAUGUGCUUGUGUCAACACCCCAACCAUUCAAGAAGAAUAUGGUAUCAUGUCUACUCCUGGCUUUGUUGCUUCUUCAAGUCAACAGAGUAGCCAACCUGAUGGUCCUUCAAAAUCAAAGGAAAUUGAAAAGAACCCUACUGGACCUUCAAAGUCAAAGAGAAAAAUAAUUGUUUAUGAAUCUGAGGAUGGGAAACAUGUUGAACCUUCAAUUGCAGUUGCUGAUGAGGAUGGAGAUGAACAUGAAAGUGGAGACGAGCAGACUAUUCUAAAGCCAAAGGCAAUUUCUGAAUCUAGGACUAGGCUUCAAGCUAAAAAGAUGUAGAUUCGACAAACUGGUACUAGGAGGAUUGACUUCAAAGGAGAUGAGAAUGGUGUGAGCAUUCCAACUAAUCUACCAUACUCACCAAGAAAAUUGGCAUGGAAAGGAAAAGAAGCUACGACUUCAGAUCAUUUCACAAUUGAAAAGGAGAAAAGAAUUGGCAAAUUGAAGGCAAAGAGGGGUGGGAUGAAGUAGUUGCAUUAUGAAGUUGUUAUUUUUUUUGUUUUCUGGUGUUUUGUUAUGGCAUGAUGAAACUUAAAUAUUUUGACUUUUUUAAUGUUACUAUGUCUUGAACAAGUGCAUGUAACUUUUUGUAGGUUCAAAAUAUAUGACAAUGCCAUUAUCACUUAUCUGUGGAGUUGUUGUAUUUUGUUUUUCAGUUGCAUUAUGCAUGUUGUUUGAUGGUAGUCUUAACAGAUCUUCUGUGUUGUGAAUCCCUGGUGAUAUUUCUUUUUAACUAGAUUGAGUUGUAAGAUUUUGCAGAUUGCACUUUUUGCAAUAAUAUUGGCAGAUUGUAAAUUCCUGUAAAAAUUUACAGUUUGCAAAUUGUUCUAAAAAUUGCAGAUUGCAUUUUGCUGUAAAAAUUUGCAGAUUGAUGAAAAAUUUGCUAAUUGCAUUUUGCUGCAAAAAUUUACAGAUUACAAAUUGAUGUGUAAUAGGUGUAAAAACUUGAAG